UGUAGCUGUUGGAGAUGUUUGCAGAACUAGAGCAGAUGGAACUGUAGGGAAAAAUCAGUUAUGAAAAAUGGCCUGUUGAUGAUGUGGCUACAAUUGAUAUGGUAUAGGUCCUUCCAUUGAUCUCCCAGAGUAGGAGAUUUCAUAGCCAGUGAUACCAUUCAAUGGAGAAACAGGAGGGUUCCAGGUUACUUCAAUACUUGUUGGUCCUUCCUGGGCUGCUGACACACCAGUGGGAGGUGAUGGAUCUGAAGAAACAUCAAACUUGAAGUGAAACUACUCUGAUUAUAACAAAGGGGAAUAGGGUAUAUACCUAAUGUGAUGCUAGCUGAUGCAGUUGAUGGCUUGUUAUUAGACACAGUACAUGUGUAUGCUCCCAAAGCAGUCACAGUCAGAGUGUGGGUGUACUGUGCAGUCACUGGGUCAUUCAACACAGUCUGGGUUCCUUGGGUGACAGUGGUGGAGUCUCUGGUCCAAGUGACAGUGGUAGCAGGUCCACCAGUGGAGAUACAGGUGAGGGUGAGCUGGACUGGGUCAAAUGUCACUCCUCCAGACAUUGAGAUGCUCCCUCCUAUUUGUAGAAGAAAGAGACUACCAUAACUAUAAGUGUUAGUCAUGAAGGAUUUUUAAUGCAUCUUAAUUAAUUCCUCAGCAAUUUA